GUCCAAACAAGACUGAAGAAUGCGCAGAUGGAAGGAUGCUGUUUGUGCUCCAUUACAGUGCAUUCUCUGUGUCGAGGACAGCCCAGGCGCGCAGCCGUGGAUGAACAGGACGUGUCCAGCCCUCGCAGGGAACCAUGGCGUACCAGCUGUAUAGGAACACCACACUGGGCAACAGCCUUCAGGAGAGUCUGGAUGAGCUCAUACAGUCACAGCAAAUCACACCUCAGUUGGCCCUUCAGGUGCUACUUCAGUUUGAUAAAGCUAUAAAUUCAGCACUGGCACAGCGAGUCAGGAACAGAGUCAAUUUCAGGGGGUCUCUGAACACAUACAGGUUCUGUGACAAUGUAUGGACAUUUGUACUGAAUGACGUGGAAUUUAGGGAGGUCACCGAACUUGUGAAAGUGGAUAAAGUGAAAAUUGUAGCAUGUGAUGGAAAAAACACUGGUUCCAAUACUGCAGAAUGAAUAGACCUGUGGUUUGUCUGCAAUAUUUUCUGUUAAUAUGCAGCACUUUCUGGAGAGAAGCAUGGAAAGGGACUGAUCAUACUCAAUUCCUGUGAUGCAGAUGUGAGUUAAUCCAUACUAGAAAGCAUCACAGAAUGACAGCGGAAGAAAUACCUGUAGCAUUUCUUCAUUUCACCUUAUAGGGCAUGAAUAUAAUGUUACCUUUUUUUUAAUUACAAGAGAUACUGUUGUCUUUUUCUUUUGUUCAAAAUAAUUUCUGUAAUAAACUUUUAUUUAAAAACUU